UUGGCAACAUGGCUAAAUGCACCAAGAAGGUUGGAAUUGUUGGUAAAUAUGGAACACAUUAUGGUGCAUCCCUCAGAAAAAUGGUGAAGAAAAUUGAAAUUAGCCAGCAUGCCAAGUAUACCUGCUCCUUCUGUGGCAAGACCAAAAUGAAGAGACAGGCUGUGGGUAUCUGGCAUUGUGGAUCUUGUAUGAAAACAGUUGCUGGUGGUGCAUGGACUUACAAUACCACCUCUGCAGUUACAGUCAAAUCCGCCAUCAGAAGACUGAAGGAAUUGAAAGACCAGUAAAA